AUGGCGCAUUUGCCGAAUGGAUAUGCAGGUUCCUUAAUGGAUUGGGAACCUGAACAACAGUCAGCUGUGUUCGAAUUUCUCUCGAGUUUGUUGCAGACACUUUUGCGGAAAUAUCAAUCCAUCUUUUCUUCCACCAGCUUAAUCUAUAUUUAUCUAUCUAUCUAUCUAUCUAUCUAUCUAUCUAUCUAUCUAUCUGAAUCUGUUCAUAUCUAUCUAUCUAUCUAUCAUAUCUAUCUAUCUAUCUAUCUGAUCUAUCUAUAUCUAUCUAUCUAUCUAUCUAUCUAUCUAUCUGAUCUAUUCAUAUCUAUCUAUCUAUCUAUCUAUCUAUCUGAAUCUGUUCAUAUCUAUCUGUUCUAUCUAUCUAUCUAUUUAUCUAUCUAUCUAUCUGAGUCUGUUCUAAGUCUAUCAUAUCAUCUAUCUAUCUAUCUAAGUCUAUUCAUAUCUAUCUAUCUAUCUAUCUAUCUAUCAUAUCUAUCUAUCUAUCUAUCUAUCUCUCUAUCUGAGUCUGUUCAUAUCUAUCUAUCUAUUUAUCUAUCUAUCUAUCUGAGUCUGUUCAUAUCUAUCUAUCUAUCUAUCUAUCUAUCUAUCUAUCUAUCUAUCUAUCUAUCUGAGUCUAUUCAUCUAUCUAUCUAUCUAUCUAUCUAUCUAUCAUAUAAAUAUAUAUAUAUAUAUAAUCUAUCUAUCUAUCUGAGUCUGUUCAUAUAUAUCUAUCUAUCUAUCUAUCUAUCUGAUCUAUCUAUCUAUCUAUCUAUAUAUAUAUAUAUAUAUGUCUUUACAAACACACACACAUAUAUAUAA